AUGAAUCAGACACUUCUUUACUUGGCAUUAGCCCUCUUCAUAGCAUGCCUCGUUAGCAGUGCCGAGGGUGGUGGUGACUGCAGCGGGGGGCGAAGGUGCAAUGCCACAAUAGGUGAGCGUGUUGCCGCUGAUGGAGAGGAGUUUCAGAUGGAUUCUGAAAUAAGCAGAAGGAUUUUGGUUGCUAAAACAAACUCGUUUGGCAGCUUGACCGCCGAAAAGCCUUACUGUGAUCGGGAUACUGGGCUGAGGUGCAAUGCAACGAUAGCCGAGUGUGUUGCUGAUGACGAUGGAGAGUUUCUGAUGGAAUCCGAUAUAAGUAGAAGGAUUUUGGCUACAAAACCAAUUUCUUACGACGGUAAUGGCAAGCAAAAGCCUUACUGUGGUAGGGUUGUUUACGGUAGUUGCAUCGGACCGGAGAGCAAGUACUAUGAAAAACGACCUUGCAACUAUCAAAAUCUGUGCGAUCGGGAUACCUGA